AUGGAAGAAGGCGCCCUAUAUAACCACCCUGUGGUGAUAGACAAUGGAUCAGGCAAUAUCAAGGCCGGCUUUGCUGGCGAGGAAAAACCAAAAUCUACCGGUCCUUCGCUUGUCGGCAGACCCAAGUACCAGAAAAUCAUGGCCGCGUCGCUGUUAUCUACAUUGGAAGAGAAGGUGCUGAAAUACAACAAUUCCGAAGCGUACGUGGGCAGCGUGGCCCAACAAAACAGAGGCUUGCUUCGGUUGAACCAUCCCGUGGCGCACGGGGUUGUCACUGACUGGGAAGAUAUGGAAAGGGUCUGGCACCACACGUAUUCCCGUGAGCUCCAAACAGCGCCCGAAGACCACCCACUUCUCAUCACGGAGGCACCGUUGAACCCGCGGGCCAACCGAGACCGCAUGUGCCAGAUUUUGUUUGAGACUUUCAGCGUGCCGUGCGUUUAUGUGUCGGUCCAGGCAGUUCUAUCUCUCUACGCGUCAGGCAGGACCACCGGCGUUGUCAUCGAUAGCGGUGAUGGCGUGAGCCACAUUGUUCCAGUGUACGACGGAUUCACGCUCCCGUCCGCCAUAAAGCGCAUGGAUGUUGCGGGAAGAGACAUAACAGAACAGUUGGCGCUCAAUGUGCGACGUAUGUCUGGCGUUGUUCUUCAAUCAUCAUCCGAGUUGGACAUUGCUCGCUGUAUCAAGGAGAAGUGUUGCUAUGUUUCCAAGGACCCGAGCCGGGACGAGAAACUCUACAGUGGCCUGUACUCAUAUCUUGGAGCCACAAACCACGAGGGACUGGGUCUAUUUUCGUCGUACAAGCUUCCGGACGGGCACACGCUCAACUUGGGCGUCGAGCAGUUCCGGGCACCCGAAAUACUCUUCAACCCGCAGAUUAUCGGCGACGAGUCGCCUGGAAUCCACGAGCUUGCAGCUUUGGCCAUUUCCAAAACCGACUUGGACUUGCGGCCUACGCUUUACCAGAACAUUCUCUUGUCGGGCGGAACCACAAUGCUUCGAAAUUUUGGCGACCGACUCAUAUCGGAGUUGAAAGCGUGCCAGUACACAAAUUCUGGAUAUACAUGGGGAUCCACGCCGAACAAGGACAACAGAAUGAAAAUUAAAAUAUACGCGCCGCCUGAGCGCAAAUACAGCACAUGGAUAGGAGGCUCGAUUUUGGCAGGGCUUUCUACGUUUAGAAAAAUGUGGGUUACAGCGCAGGAAUUUGCAGAGGACCCCGACAUUGUGCAUCGGAAAUGCAUGUAA